CGUGGGCAUAACCACUGCGCAUGUGCGCCCCGUGGAGAGACUCCUGCGGUCUGCAGGUAGACUGACGCGUUUGAACGAAUCGUUUUGUCCUUUUAAGAUCAUCAGAUUUGUUCCGCUCAGAUUACGGGCCCUAUGUGCUGCUUCCAGAUGAGUAAGUUUGGGUCAGAGAUCCAGCAGGAUGCAGGUAACGUCUCCCAGCAUUCACCGUACACGUCAGAUGUGGGGCAGUCUAGAAUGGUUCUAGCUACGCUUUGUGGCUGUCCAUAUGCGUUCGGCGAUUUUAGAUGUAUUGUCCUGAGUAUGCUCUCAUGUGUAUCACACUCACUGGAUGGGCGUAUUUAUUUUUUCAUUACAGAAAAACGAGGCGGUCUUGCUGUGCAUCAUAUCACUGCAUAGGUAGCUCAGCCUAGCUGGGUUCCAAUACAAAAAGUUUAGGUUAAACAUGUUAUAUCUCAGUGUGCGUACUAUAUAAUCAUUUUGAGGAUUUUGCUUCUACAUUAUGUGAUUUAUUUGAAGCCGACGUUUUCUGUACAGAACGCAGUUAGCCUUCAUUAGCAGAGUGAAUGGGCUGUUAGCCGCCGUGGAGCUAAAGAAGCUAACAGAAGUGAGUUAAUCGGUUGAUGUUCAUCAUAGAACAGAGAGACUGGAGACAUUUCAGAGUGAAGCCAGAACUACUGACUUGAGGCAUCAUCAGACUCUGCUCUGCGUCGCUUCAGCCGUGCCAAGGACAUGUGAAGGUUGUAAACAAGGAUCGUGACGUCUAAGACGAGUGAGGAUGUCUGAAAUGAUGAAGGUGGAAGCAGAUGAACCUGGAAGCUUGGAGCCCCUCACACCUGCAGCAUCCCCAUCAGAACUGGAGCAGAAACAAGACCACAAAGAUCUCAUCCAUCAGAUGUUUGUGAUUAAAGUGGUUCCCCAUGACUGGAGCCUCAGUUUGAACCAGCAGGAUCCAGAUGACGCUCGCAUAAAGGAGGAGGAAGAGCAACCGUGGAUCGGUCACGAGGAAGAGCAGCUUACUGUCAAGAUUGAAGAUGAAGAGAAACCCGAACUUUAUGAGAUCAAAGCAGAUGACGUAAGAGAGACGGAAUCUCCAACCAGCAGCUCAGAUGAAAAGACGGAAACGGAACCUCAUGAAGAGGACAGUGGAGGAUUAGAACUGGAGAGGAGCCAAGAUCCAGCAUGCUCUUCUCCGCAAACUAAGACAACUUCUCACAAAAGAGUUAGGACAUCUAAGUCGGCUGUAAAUGGCGUUCAAACCGAAGAGAAGCCAUUUUGCUGCCACGUUUGUGGAAAAACUUUCAAGCGCAACGCUCAUGUUAAAUUACACAUGAUGACUCACACUGCAGAGAGAGAACAUACCUGUGAUCUUUGCGGUAAGGGAUUUAAAGAAAAGAGUUUCGUUCAGACACACAUGAGAAUACACACUGGAGAGAAACCAUUUUCCUGCAAUGUUUGUGGUAAAGGCUUUCAUGCUAAAACAUAUCUGAAAACUCACAUGAAGGUCCACUCAGCAGAAAAACCUUUUUCGUGUGAUAUUUGUGGUACAAGAUUUAAAAGAAAGGAAAAUAUAAAAAAGCACAUGAGGAUCCACACUGCAGAGAGACCGUUUGUUUGUAGGGUUUGCAAUAAAGACUUUUCACUGCAAAACACAUUGAACAGACACAUGCGUGUUCACACGGGGGAGAAGCAGUUUGUUUGUAAUGUUUGCAGUAAAGGAUUUUCAUUGAAGCAUAACCUGAAAAGCCACAUGGAAGUCCACACGGCGCCAUUUAGCUGCAGUGAUUGCAGUAAACGUUUCGUGAAAGAAAUCCAGUUAGAGCGACAUGUGAGAGUCCACUCAGAGGAGAGGCCGUAUGGUUGCAACUUCUGUAAAAGUAGAUUUUAUCAAAAGUGUCAACUUGAAAAUCACAUGCGGGUGCAUUCAGGGGAGAAGCCGUUUGUGUGCACGGUUUGCAGUAAAGGAUUUUCACAGCUUGGAGAUAUGAAGAGGCACAUGGGUCUUCAUAAAGACUCUUAACUAAACAUCAUAGUUGUCAGCUAAUCUGUCAGUAUUUUUCUGAAUAAUUUAUGACUACCUGAUCUCCACGUUAUCACAUUUAAUUAAAAUAAUUGAAAAAAUAAAUAAAACGUUGAAACAUUA